GAACACUUUACCUCUGCAUCCCCCUUCCCGUAAUCUAAUCUUUUAUUCUCAGUAAAAGCCCCCAAACCGUGUUUACUGACAGACGCAGAGAUAUCAGAUCAGAAGUGUCUCACUCCACAUUAAAAAGAAACACAAGACAAUUCCCAAGCAUGGCACAACAGGCAGGCCUUCCUGGAUCGCAUCCAGUGACGAUGCCCAAUCGUCAAGCCUCGGCUUCCAGCAACAUGAGCGAUGAUGCAGUUCCUACAAUGGAUCCCAAGGAUACUUCCGAAUUGCUAGCAGAGCGUCUGCAAGCCUGGAAGCAUGCCGUUGGAUACCUCGAGGACUAUGUGAGCGCUACCGAGAAGGUUGAGAAGGCACACGCCAAGGAAUAUGAAAAGGUGUUGAAGACGAUAUCAAAUCCGUUGAAGGAGGGGCACCACUUUGAUCAGAGCAUGGGCGGAAUUGCUGGUCUCUUCGAGAACAUGAGACAGAAUACCCAGGGAUUGGCAAACACUCACCUCGAAACCGAAAAGAACCUCAAGGGCUCCGUCCUCCCAAUCCUCGACCGCCUGCACAAGGAAAUCAAGAAUAAGUCGAAAGAACUGUCAUCGGGAGCUAUGAAGAGCGCAAAGGAGGUGGAGAAGGCACGAAAUACAACCCAGAAGCACAUUGAGCUCCUUGGCCAACAAACUGCAAACUUCGAAUCAAGUGGCGGCAAGAUGCAUGCCACGGAAGACCCAUACAUUGUUCAACGAGGCGUUCUACACCGAUUGGGUAAACAGGUUAUGGAGGAGAACAACAAUCGUCAUGAUCUAAUUUCCGUACAAAACAACUUCGCUCAAUUCGAGGCCCACAUCAUUGAAGUCAUCCAGCAGGCAAUUGCAUCAUUCCAGCAAUUCGUUGGUGGCCAGGCUCAAAAGGUCGACCAGCUAUAUUCAGAUAUGCUUGGCACAGCUCAACGCGUGCCAUCUGACUUCGAGUGGUCGAGAUUUACCGAACGCAAUGUGAACAUGCUUGUGGACCCCAACUCCCCAGAGCGAACUAUUGAAGGCAUCUCCUUCCCCAACCAGAACCACAAGGCCACAAAAGCUAUGAUUGAGGGUACUUUGGAGAGGAAAUCUCGCAACAAACUGAGCCUUAGCGGUUGGUCGACGGGUUACUAUGUUAUCACUCCAAGCAAGUAUAUCCACGAGUUCAAAGACAGCGACAACCUCCGCAAAGACCCAACCCCUGAGCUCUCAAUCUACCUUCCAGAUGCCACAGUUGGCACUCCCAACGGCGAGAAAUUCAACAUCAAGGGAAAGGACAUGAGUGGAGGGAUCGGGAGCAAGCUCUCUGGUUCUUCAGAGAUAUCAUUCAAAGCGCACAGCGCAUCUGAUGCUCAGAAAUGGUUCGAAGUCAUCCGGUCGGUUGUUGGCCACGCCCCUGCCAAUCUGGCCAGCGAACCAACGUCGCCUGUCAGCCCUGCUCAAGAGAAGCGGGUCGUUUCACAGCCGCCUACUUAUGCGGAGGGAAGCGCGGCCGGGGUUACGGAUGCAAAACACCCUGCUCCUCUGCAGACAGCUCAUCCGGCUGGCGUAACUGGUGGGGGGACCGUGGCUUCACCAGCAACUGCAACUCCUACCAGUGCUACGGCCGAGCAUGCUGCAUCUGUACAUGCUCAAGCUCCUGCUGCCGAGAAGAUCUGAAGUUGCAAGUUGAAGGAGUCCCAGAACGGACAUGGAGUGAUGUGAUAAUGUGUAAUCAAGUGGUAUGUGAACGAAAUUAUCGAGAAGUUUUCUUCUGAAAAACAGGCAGCCAGGAGCAACUGGUCGUAGUCGGAGCCUCUGGAGCCAAUGUGGAAUACGUGAACGAUGUUCAACAUCAUAUUAGCAAUGAAAAUGCUUCCUAAAAGUUCUUUCUGCUUCAUCUUAGCUUUCCAUCCAGAACAUCCAGCUCGAAACUUAGCUGCGAAUACAUUGGUCCAAGUUUUGGCAAAAAAAGGGGCUCGCUUAAUCCGUGAAUUGUGAAUCAAAAGUCGCU